GAGUUCAAAAGGAGAUUAUGCGAAGGAUCAGAGAUGAUGCAGAAAAUGUUGGAUGACUUCCAAAGAGAGAGACUAGAAGCCGAGGCUAAAGCUGAUAAAUUAGUCAAUGAUCUCUGCACAACUCCAGAGGAAAUAGAGCCCAUUACCUGCCCCCAAGAGACCAAUGGCCAAGAGUCCGAGCAGGAAUCUACAGGCGAGGAAAUACUUUGCAUAGAAAAGCCAACUCCGUGUAUAGAAACAUAUGUACGUAAUGCUUCAUCUGAAGACUCAGACCAAACCUUCUUUGACUCCCUACUUGACGGGUGUGACGAUGUCUGCCCGAAGGAUGGUUGGAACUUAAAGAGUUGGGAUGAACUCCUAAUGAGUGACGACGAGGACUCUUCCUUGGGGGAGGGUACGAUCAUAAUCAUCAAACCACAAAUGGAUAGUCAGCCAAUUGAAGAUAAGGAAGAAAUCAAUUUCGCAAUCAAGGCUAACGAUGUGGAUCUAUUGGGGAGACUUCCGCCCCCACCCACCUAUACAGAGUCUCCUCCAUAUACCCUGUUGCCACCAAGCCGCAGGGAUGAGUCAAGGAUCCUGGACCUUGACCGAGCAGAAGUUCCAACAGGGUGGCAUCAGAAGAGAGUCAAAAGGGCCAAACUUUAUGACUCUCGAAUCGGAAAGUCACGGAAAAAGUGGUUGGAUCCGGAGUUCGAUGUGAGGAAGUUCUGGCAAGCUCACGGAUAUGGACGAUAUCACAGUGGAGCAAGCAUAGCCAGGAAUUGGGUGCAUCCGUCUUGGAGGAUUUUACACCAUGCAUUGACUCACAGCUAUUUGGGCCGUUCUCGUGACUCCGAUGUAGUGUUUGAUUCUGAUAUGCUAUUUUUCUGGAGUCUGGAAGCGCGCGUACCAGUCAAUUUAGCAACUUUUGUGGCCCGAUUCCUAUUUCCUCAGUCGACUAGCAACCACCAGUUUGUCUUGUGUGGGCCAAUGGUUACGCUUCUGGCCCGAGGAUUAUGUAUGACAGUCCCUAAUGUUCUCCCAGAGGCUGCAAGCAUAUUCCGACCAUCGACAACGUAUUUAAUCCAGAUCGCUUAUAAUAAGGAGGACAAGGAGGCACGCCCCAGAAAGCAGCAUAGAAUUCCCAUGACCCUUCGCGAGCUUUCACAGGCUAUGUUUGCAUUCCAGGAUUCUGUGGACUCUCGCUUAAGGAGCAUGGAGACACUCCUCGUCACGCAACAAUGGCAGGUGGAGGAAAUACUUGAAUACACCCGGGAACAAGGAACAAAGAAGGCUGAGCAUGGGGCAGGUCCGAAACAAGGAAAACGUCAGGGAUA